GACACCGCUUACUCACGGUUUUUGCAUCGACAAAAUAUUGCACAUAAGCCGGGAGAAAGAGUUAUUGCAAUGAUUGUGCUUGAGCUGCUAAUUGCGCCUAUCAACGCGUGUUUACUAUAUACUAUAAGUAUAUUGCAACAUUCUUAUAGAGACCCCUCUUAACACAAAAUAUGAUGGAUGAAAGGAACGAGUGAUAAUUUUCAUAUUAUCACAAUAUGACGUGCGAAAAUGAGAAGCUAUAAAAAUAAAAUUCUAGGAAAUAAUCUAGAAGACCUCCAGUUACGGUGCGAAGCAUGAAGCCUUUGCUGUGUUUACUGUUCGUGGCGGUUUACUCCGUAGUCGCGGGGCCCAUCGAUCUAAUCGAUGGCAAGUACCCGCGUUUCUUCGACUACGAAGAUGAAGAAGGCAAUAUUCACAAAGUGGACUUACUCGAACCGGUAGAUAUGGAGCUUUUGGAAGAAAUCCAGAGAAACCCUGCCAAUAAUGAGUACCAUCUUUUUACGAGACGGAACCCCAAUUCAUAUCAGAGACUUAGAAUAAACGACGCAAACAGUAUCCGAUCCUCGCAUUUCGACCCGAGACAUCCCACUAUUGUUAUUUCCCACGGAUGGCUCAGCAACAUGAAGACUAACCUCAAUCCAGUUAUUAGAGAUGCGUACCUCAGGCUAAAGGAAACCAACGUUAUUGUAUUGGACUGGAGGAGGCUCGCUUUGGCUCCCUAUCCAACAGCAGCUAGAGGGGUCCCAGAUAUUGGACGUGGUCUUGGACAGUUCCUCAACUUCCUCCAUAGGACUACUGGAGUACCCUUUAACACCAUACAUCUGAUUGGCUUCAGUUUGGGUGGCCAUGUUGUUGGUAAUGCUGGCAGAUAUCUUGGUGGAAGAAUUGCUCGUAUUACUAGUUUGGAUCCCGCUGGUCCUCUAUGGAGCAACAACGACCAACGCUUAAGACCAUCAGACGCUAUAUACGUCGAAGCUAUUCACACAAACGGAGGUGUGGCAGGUCUCGGCAUUGGAACUCCAGUAGCCAACGUUGACUUCUUCCCCAACGGUGGCAAAUCCCAGCCUGGUUGCUACACGCCGAUAUGUGAUCACAACAGAGCCUGGGAGUUCUUCGUUGCGACGGUACCAAGGCCGAAUCACCUUAUGGGUAGACGGUGCGCGAACAUGCAAGAAGUCAAUAGAGAUAAUUGUAAUGGACCCACAUUUCCUCUGGGAAACACUUACUUAAAUAAAAGAGGAUCUGGCAUAUUCCGGGUAAAUACUGGCAGAAGAUACCCAUUCUAACGGAUUUUAAUUCUACUUAUUGACUGAGAGCAAAAUAAACGUCUAUCAUCUUGGAUUAUACCAUAUAAAUUCUGUUUUGUAA